AUGGCCACAUCGGAAGAGCGAGACGUCUUUGAGGACGCUCUCAAUCUAGAAGACCGGUACUACUCGGAAGGAUACUCUCUGGGCGUCGCAGAUGGCUCCAAGUCGGGCCGCAUCGAAGGCCGUAUCUUUGGCCUCGAAAAAGGCUUUGAGAAAUUUGUGGAAAUGGGAAAGUUGAACGGGAGAGCUGCAGUGUGGGAGGCCAGACUCCCCGAAAAUCUCGCUCAGGACGGAGCAGAAACAGCUUUGGAGGAGAAGCUGCCGCCAAUUGGCCGAAGUGACAGACUUCAGAGGCAUAUCGAACGCCUAGCUGCUCUCUCUGACCCAGAUGACCUCUCAACUACGAAUGAAGAAGAUACUGUAUCUGAAUUUGACGACCGUCUGAAGGAUGCCAAGGCGAAAGCAAGAUUGAUCGACAGGAUAGCUGGAGAAGAGGAACCUUCUGUCAGCGUGAAUGAAGCUGGCCAGGAGGCCGCUAAAUCAGGCACCGAUCGGACCUUCAGAGUAAGGAGGACCCAGCCUUCAGGCGCGGGAAGAGGUGCGCACGAGAUGGAAGACUUUGCCGGUCUUCCAUCCAGAGGAAUAUGA